CAGUCAGUCGAGGCUGUGAGAGAGGAAUGCGCUGGGAUGCGGAGCAGCAACAACACUAGGACAUCCACGCAACAACUCGCACAGUAUGGACAGUAAUGAUCCGUAUUUACACCUCCCACUUGAGUCUGAGUCCUGGUUCUGAGCGACUGGCGUCCUGCCAGGCAGCGCCACACUUGCACCUGAAGGCAUGUGGCACCCCAUGGCAUCACCUGCACCUGGAGGCAACCCCGGGAGGGAGAUAGGUUAUGGCCACUGUAGCGGGUCCUCUUCACGGAGUCCGCCAUGUUUCUACAGUAGCCCAGAAAGGACAAACCAAACACUGGCUGUAGAGAGAGCCUUUCACUUUUACUCUUCAGGGCCAAUGACCCACGGCCACCCUCCUCCCAUGGGUGGCAUGGUCGGCCACCCGUCAGUCAUCAGCACCUCCAGGCCCUUACCGUCCCCCAUGUCCGGCAUGGGCUCACCAAUGAACGGCCUGGCCUCGCCAUACCCCGUCAUCACAUCUUCUCUGGGCUCGCCCUCUAUAUCGUUGCCGUCCACGCCCAACAUGAACUUUGGACCACUCGGCAGUCCACAGAUGAACUCUAUGAACAGUGUUAGCAGCUCGGAGGACAUCAAGCCUCCGCCGGGCCUGCAGAACCUGGGAAACAUCAACUACCAGUGUACGAGCCCCGGGGGAAUGUCAAAGCACAUCUGCUCCAUAUGCGGAGACCGCUCCUCAGGAAAGCACUACGGCGUGUACAGCUGCGAGGGAUGCAAAGGCUUCUUCAAGAGGACCGUCCGUAAAGACCUCACCUACACGUGUCGAGACUGUAAGGAGUGCCUGAUCGACAAGCGCCAGCGAAACCGCUGCCAGUACUGUCGCUACCAGAAGUGCCUGGCCAUGGGCAUGAAGAGAGAAGGUGUGUGUGCAGCGGUACAGGAAGAGCGGCAGCGUGGAAGGGAGCGAGGGGAGAGCGAGGUGGAAUCUACCAGCAGCUUCAACGAGGAAAUGCCUGUGGACAAGAUCCUGGACGCUGAGGUUGCGGUGGAGCCCAAAACAGAGACGUACAGCGACGGCAGCCCCAGCAACUCAACCAACGACCCCGUCACGAAUAUCUGCCAAGCAGCAGACAAACAGCUCUUCACCUUGGUGGAGUGGGCCAAAAGGAUCCCGCACUUCUCCGAACUCCCCCUCGAUGACCAGGUCAUCCUACUACGAGCAGGCUGGAACGAGCUUCUUAUCGCCUCUUUCUCGCAUCGCUCAGUCACGGUAAAAGAUGGCAUCCUGUUGGCGACGGGCCUCCACGUCCACAGAAACAGCGCCCACAGUGCCGGAGUGGGCUCCAUCUUUGAUAGAGUCCUGACAGAGUUGGUAUCUAAAAUGAAAGAUAUGCAGAUGGAUAAGACGGAGCUCGGCUGCCUGCGAGCCAUCGUCCUCUUCAACCCAGAUGCAAAAGGUCUCUCAAACCCGCCAGAGGUCGAAGGGCUGAGGGAAAAAGUUUACGCCUCAUUGGAGUCGUACACGAAACAGAAAUACCCAGACCAGCCUGGCAGGUUCGCCAAGCUGCUGCUCCGCCUGCCCGCCCUGCGCUCCAUCGGCCUCAAGUGUCUGGAACAUCUGUUCUUCUUCAAGCUGAUCGGGGACACGCCCAUCGACACCUUCCUGAUGGAGAUGCUGGAGGCGCCGCAUCAGAUCACAUGACACCAGUCCCCCCCUUCCCCCUGUACAUACUCCCACAUUGUCAGCGAUAUGAAGACGGAAUUAAAAAAAGACUUGAUUCAAAUUGUAAAACAGCAUAUUUUGUACCAAGCGAAACAUUGUAAUUAAAAUAUUAAAAAAAGUAUUUUGAGGUUGCGGGGAGGGUGGAGUCUUGAGACGGAGGAUCGAGUAAACUGUCAAAAUGAAUUCUAAUAGAAUUGUUAACAGAUUUCUUUUGUAAAUAGAUAAUUUCAGGUGUCCAUUUUAAAAGCAACCCAAUGCAAUUUGAAAAGGAAUCAUAUUUUAUUCAAAGAGGAAUUGUAUAAAAAAAACAGAAACCAUCCAUGCAUUUCUUAAAACACAUCUGAGAAUUCUUACAGAAUAAAGUUAUUUAAAAAUUUA